AUGCCGGAAUUAUCGCCAACUGAAGAAGCCAUUUUGGCGGAAUACGAGCGGCUGGACCUCAAUCUGCGUUCGCUGACAGAUGAGAUUCGCGUGCUCACAGAGGGACCAUCUCAGGUGCUGUCGGAACAGCUGUCGGAGCUGCAGUCCAAGGUCUAUGUGAUCAGAACACUGAUUAAGUCGUCUGUCUACAACUAUGCAAAGAUGAAGGGCCAGGAAAUGGAGUGA